UAAAUUGGAAGAGAUAGCUUACUAUCUAAUCCAAAUUUUUUUAGAAUCAAAUCCUACUCUUACCAAGCUUGAUGCGUGUGUGGUGACUGGUGAGGUGAUAAAGGCUUCAUCCACUAGGAGCCCUUUUCUUUUCUCUCCUUCAUCUGCCUCAUUUCUUUAUGAUAACAUUAACACUUUAAUUAACAUGUUGCUUUCGCAACCACAACUAACUUCUAUUCCGUUACCGUUCAAUGCAACCCGCGUUAACUUUUUCCCAAUCCACCGCCACCACCACCACCAUGUCAUCUCUCAACCACCUCCAUCCGCCGCCACAUCCUCCUCAUCCCCCAGACUAAUAAUCAAAGACGACGGUCCCAACGACAUUCUCUCCCUCCAAAACCGCCGUUACGACUUCGCUCCCCUCCUCCAGUUCCUCUCCAACGAUUCCACCUCCACUGAUUCCAACUCCAACAACAACAACACAGACUCGCUCUCUCCCACCGAGUUCCAACUCGCCGAGUCAUACCGAGCCGUUCCCGCUCCACUCUGGCACGCGCUUCUCAAAUCCCUCUGUUCUUCUUCUACCUCCAUUAACCUAGCAUACGCCGUCGUUACAUGGCUCCAGAAACACAACCUCUGUUUCUCCUACGAGCUUCUCUACUCAAUCCUCAUCCACGCGCUCGGACGAAACGAAAAGCUCUACGAAGCUUUCUUACUCUCUCAACGACAGGUUCUAACUCCGUUAACCUAUAACGCUUUAAUCGGUGCUUGUGCUCGUAACGGUGACCUUGAAAAAGCGCUAAACCUAAUGUCUAGAAUGCGCCGUGACGGUUUUCAACCUGAUUUCGUUAAUUAUAGUUCAAUUAUCAAAUCGUUAACUCGUUCGAAUAGAAUCGAUUCUCCGAUUCUUCAAAAGCUUUAUGCCGAACUCGAAUCGGAUAAAAUCGAAGCUGACGGUCACCUAUUGAAUGAUAUAAUCCUCGGUUUUUCGAAAGCCGGUGAUGCGACGCGAGCAAUGCAUUUUCUUGCAGUUGCUCAGGGUAAAGGUUUGAGUCCUAAAUCAGGAACUCUUGUUGCGGUUAUAUUAGCUUUGGGAAAUUCGGGUAGAACGGUUGAGGCAGAGGCGUUGUUUGAGGAGAUUAAAGAAAAUGGUUCGGAGCCGAGGACUAGGGCUUAUAAUGCAUUGCUUAAAGGUUAUGUGAAAACUGGUUCUCUUAAAGAUGCAGAGUUUGUUGUUUCUGAAAUGGAGAAGAGUGGUGUUUUACCUGACGAACAGACUUAUAGUUUGUUGGUUGAUGCAUAUUCUCACGCUGGAAGAUGGGAGAGUGCGAGGAUUAUGUUGAAAGAAAUGGAAGCGAGUAAUUUGCAGCCGAAUUCGUUUAUUUAUAGUCGAAUAUUGGCGAGUUAUAGGGAUAAAGGGGAGUGGCAGAAAUCGUUUCAGGUUUUGAAGGAGAUGAAGAGUUGUGGUGUGCAGCCUGAUAGACAUUUUUAUAAUGUGAUGAUUGAUACUUUUGGAAAGUAUAAUUGUAUUGAUCAAGCGAUUGCAACAUUUGAACGAAUGAUGUCUGAGGGGAUUCGACCGGACACAGUUACAUGGAAUACGCUGAUUGAUUGUCAUUGUAAGUCCGGGCGACAUAAUAGGGCAGAGGAAUUGUUUGAGGAAAUGCAGCAGAGUGGGUAUUCGCCUUGUGUUAUGACUUAUAACAUUAUGAUUAAUUCUAUGGGUGCGCAGGAGAGAUGGGAACGAGUGAGUGAUUUGUUGAGCAGAAUGCAGAGUCAAGGAUUGUUGCCCAAUGCUGUUACCUAUACCACUCUCGUCGAUAUUUAUGGAAAGUCUGGAAGGUUUAAUGAUGCCAUUGAGUGCCUUGAGGUCUUGAAAUCUAUGGGAUUCAAGGCAACUGCGACCAUGUAUAAUGCUCUAAUUAAUGCUUAUGCACAAAGGGGUCUGUCCGAUCAAGCAGUAAAUGCAUUUAGGAUGAUGGCAGCUGAGGGUCUUACUCCCAGUCUUUUAGCUCUCAAUUCCUUAAUCAAUGCUUUUGGUGAAGAUAGAAGAGACGCUGAAGCAUUUGCUGUACUGCAGUACAUGAAAGACAAUGGUGUCGAACCUGAUGUAAUUACUUAUACUACGCUCAUGAAAGGCUUAAUUCGUGUUGAAAAGUUCAACAAGGUUCCAGCUGUGUAUGAAGAAAUGGUUAGGUCCGGAUGCACUCCAGAUAGAAAAGCUAGAGCAAUGCUGCGGUCUGCUCUUAGAUACAUGAAACAAACACUAAGAUCAACAGACACUAAGAUCAGGAAUUAUUAAGCACAUUAAUAAAGCCUAUACCGAGUUGUAAGCGGUAAAAUAAAGUCAAGUUUGGUCACCUGGUAUAUGUGGUUCUAAUUCUGAAGCUGUGGCUUUAGUAUAGAUGGUGCCACAGAAAUAUCUGCAGUGUAACCAUCCUGGAAAUGUACGCUCCUGCUGUAACAGAACAACAAACAAAGUUACGGAAAUCACAUGGAACCCUCUCCAAACUCAAAAAAAUGAAAAAACAUGCAGAGACACUGUUGGCUUCUCGAAAUGUUGUACCAUCUAGUAUCAGUCUUGGGGAUUAAUGUAUUAUACUGUAUAUUCUUUUCACAUUGUAUUGUAUGUUUACACGUUAAAGUGCAUAAGUGGGAGUCCAUGUAAAUUUGAAAAAGGAAUAGUGAGUAUGCAUUCAUUUUCAAUCUCAUCUUCAA